GCCGCGCUGCUCGCGGGGAGCCCCGGUGGAGACGCAGCCCCCGGGCCCGCCCCGGCCUCGUCAGCCCCCGCGGGCAGCGAGGACGCGGAGAAGAAAGUUCUCGCCACCAAAGUCCUUGGCACUGUCAAAUGGUUCAACGUCAGAAAUGGAUAUGGAUUUAUAAAUCGAAAUGACACCAAAGAAGAUGUGUUUGUACACCAGACCGCCAUCAAGAAGAAUAAUCCACGCAAGUAUCUGCGCAGUGUGGGAGAUGGAGAGACGGUGGAGUUUGAUGUGGUUGAAGGAGAAAAGGGUGCUGAAGCAGCAAACGUGACUGGCCCAGACGGAGUUCCUGUAGAAGGGAGUCGCUACGCUGCUGAUCGGCGCCGCUACAGGCGCGGCUACUAUGGCAGACGCCGUGGGCCUCCCCGUAAUGCUGGUGAGAUUGGAGAGAUGAAGGAUGGAGUCCCUGAAGGAGCACAGCUCCAGGUUCAUCGGAAUCCAACUUACCGCCCAAGGUUCCGCAGGGGACCUCCUCGCCCACGACCUGCCCCUGCGAUUGGAGAGGCUGAAGAUAAAGAGAAUCAGCAAGCGGCCAAUGGUCCAAACCAGCCGUCUGCCCGCCGUGGAUUCCGACGCCCCUACAACUAUCGGCGCCGGCCCCGUCCCCUGAACACUGUUUCACAAGAUGGCAAAGAGACCAAGGCAGGUGAAGCAUCAACUGAGAACCCAGCUCCAGCCACCGAGCAGAGCAGCGCCGAGUGACCCUGGCCCCCAGGCACCUUCACCACCAGCAGGGUGACCUUAAGAAUUAAUGACAAUUCAAAAACAAGGCAAAAAGCACACCCACGACCUUACCAACACCAAAGAACCAUCUAAGCAAUAAAAUGGAAGACUAACCAAGAUUUGGACAUUAGAAUGUUUACUGCUAUUCUCUACGAAACUAACAGCUACAAAGGGAAUGAGCCAGCAAUGUCCAUCAAGCUGCAUCCCGGGAACCUGCACAGGCGCAGGAGAGCGGCCUCCCCAGUUUCAGCAACCACUAGCUUUAUAUUUUUUUCCUGGUUUUUACUGUUUUGGUAAUAUGAAUUAAAAGAAGAAAUAUUAAUACCACAUGGGGAUUACCCCAACCAAAGAAAUCUGAAAUAUAUAGUAAAUGCUCUUU